AUGGGAAAGGAGCUAAAAAGAAUCGGUUGCGCUGAGAUCAAACACUACCUACCUGUUGCAGAAGCUGAUAUGGCGAGGCUUUACGACUACGUGUGCAGCUCAGAUUCCCCACUACUUCUACAGUAUAAGGUAUUCGUUGACAUCAUGCUUCAUUUCGGAAGACGGGGAAAAGAUCUCUCAGCUUUGAGAAUAAGCGAUUUGGCCGUAACCAUGGACGCUGAUGGGGACAUGUAUGUUUACAUGACCCGAGAUGAACAAACCAAAAAUCAUCAGGAGGACGAUGGUCGGGCUCAAGGGCGAAUGUAUGAGAAGAACGACGAUCCCAGAUGUCCAGUGAGGACUUUCAUCAAGUACAUUCGUCGCUUGAAUAAAUAUUGUCCAAAACUUUUCCAGCAACCAAAUUCAGAAAUGGAAAAUGGAAUUUAUAUCUUGCGGUUCCCCUUUGACACAACCGGCUUGGUUCUAUGA